UUUAAUUUAAAUUACAAAAAAAAAAAUGAGUGAAAAAUUUUAUGUUGGUGGAAUUGAAGGGGGCGCUACUCAUUCAACAAUCGCAAUACUCGAUCAAAAUGGAAAACAAGUUAGCAGUGUUAAAUCGGAGGGUACAAAUCACUGGAUUAUUGGUAUGGAUGAGUGUCAAAAUCGAAUUGUUGAUUUAGUGAAUCGUGCUAAAAGUGCUGCAGGUAUACCAUUGGAUGAACCAUUAGCUGGAUUGGGAUUGAGUUUAAGUGGAUGUGAAGGCGAAGACAGUAAUGCAAUUUUAGAGAAUAAAAUUAAAACAGCGCAUCCAAAUUUGUCGAAAUCAUAUGUGGUAUGUAGUGAUUCAGUUGGAGCGUUAUCAACAGCUGAACCUGAUGGUGGUGUUGUAUUAAUAUCUGGAACUGGAUCAAAUGCUUUACUUAUUAAUCCAGAUCAAACAAAAUUUGGUUGUGGCGGUCGUGGACAUAUGUUGGGCGACGAAGGAAGUGCCUGGUGGAUUGCACAUCGUGCUGUAAAAAUUGUUUUAGACGAUCAAGAUAAGCUAGCACCAGCACCAUAUCCAACUGACACACUUUGGACUGAAAUAAAAAACCAUUUUAAUGUGGAAACACAAACCGAAUUAUUUGUCCAUUACUAUAAUAACUUUAAUAAAUCAUUUAUUGCAAGUUUAUGUUUACGUUUAUCAAAAUUAGCAAAACAAGGUGAUCCAUUAGCAUUACAUAUAUUUACGGAAGCUGGUAAAUAUUUGGCUCGAGCAAUACAAGCAUUAUAUCCAAACGCUGAUGAAAUUUUAUUGUCACGUGAGGGUGGUUUACAUGUGGUUUGUGUUGGUUCCGUGUGGUUAAGUUUUAAUUUAUUACAAGAAGGUUUUGUUAAACAAUUGCAAACUACACCACAAAUUAAAGAAAUAUCAUUAUUACAUUUAAAUGUAUCGGGAGCGGUUGGUGCUGCUUAUUUAGCUAGUGAUCAUGCUAAUUUAAAUAUACCAAAAAAUUAUAAAGAAAAUUAUUCAGUAUUUUAUAAUUAUGAUAUUUUUAAUAGAAAUGGUGGUUAA